GAUUAAAAGUCAGUGAGUAAUGUCACAACAAAAUUUAACUUAAUUGUUAUGUUUAUAUACAUUUUUUUAAAUUAACGAUAAUGGAAACUGAUGAAGAAAGUGAAGAGGGUGUUUUUACUUUAGUAACAAAUCUUUGUGAACAAUUUUAUACUAAUCAAAAUGAUAUAAAGUCAGCUAGAACCAAAUGCUAUGAAAUUUUAUUGAAGAAAUGUAUCACAAAUAGUAAGAAAGAUUGCAGUGACGAUACCAGUGUAAGAGACCCCUAUUGCAACUUCCUAUCCUGGGAGUUUAAGCUAACACAUGAGUUUAAUAUGAAAAAUCAUGCACAUGAAUUAAAAUCAUGUGUAGAAAAUUUACAUCAGUCUUUAAAAGAAGAUCAAGAGUAUUUUAAUAGAAUACUUACAUUUCUUAUGGAAUUAAAAAACAUUCCUACAAAGAAUGAAGAUAUAUUGGAUCUAUCAACCUUGCCACCUAUUAAAGAAUUUGAAAAUUUCAACAAAUUAUUCCAGUUGCCUGAUUCUUUUAAAACAGUUUUUAAUGCAGAGGAAAACUUGAAAACCAUACAGUCCUACAAAAACAUCACUCUCAAUGAAAUCUCUAAAGAUAACACCCUUACACCAAACACUAAAUUUAGUGAGAUUUUCAAAGAUGAAGGUUAUGAUUCUCCUCCUAAAAGUCCAGAGAACAUUUGGGAACUUGCUUCAAAAUUAAAAUACAAUAGAAGAAAAACAUGGGAGAACUUUGGAUAUCCUGAACCUGAUAAAGAGUUGCCAUUUUUAUCUGAACUUGGUCCACUAUCUUCAUUAUGGGUUGAAAAUUUAGAAUCUCUAUAUAUGUUUAAGUUGUUUAAAGAUGGUACAGUAUAUAAUUCCAGGAUGGUGUCCAGGAAAGAUUUUAUUCAAGAUUUGAAAUAUUUACUAGUGGGAAUGGCAUCUGAUUCAUUUACUUUUGAUGACCAAGGUGUUUUUUAUUUGGUUCCUGGAAUAAAUGUUGAGGCCAUAACUCCAGAUGCUCUAUUAAGAUACUGCAACGAUAUUAUGUUCACAGGAACUUGUGCGAAAGCUUUAGAUAAACUAAGUACUCCAGACUUGGAAACAGGUCAAUAUAAAUAUCAAGGAUAUGUAUUUACAGAAUUUUGCGAAAGUGUUAGAAGAUAUUUAAAAUUUUAUCAAACUGCCAUAUUCAACAUACCGAAUUCUACCACUUUUCUACAAUUCCAUGAGAAAACUUAUCAACUUCGGCUACAGGUAAACACAUUAGCGUCGGUGUGCAAGGUUGGACCUUAUACAGUUUCUGAAGACACGGAGAAUGGUGUGGCGUUGCUAAAUUAUUUAUAUCAUAAGGUGCUAAGUUUAACGGACCAAAAUGUCAUAUACGUAUUGUAUUCUAUCUUAUACCCCUGCUGUCAAGUCUAUUUCAUACGGUUUCUAAAACAGUGGAUUACUGAAGGCACAUUAAAUGAUCCAUAUGGCGAAUUUUUUGUAAAAGUUAACUCAAAGUACAAUACAUCUAGAGGUAGAACUUACUGGACGCGAAGCUACUCAUUUAAAGAGGAUAUUAUACCAGAUUUUCUUGUGGAUCUACGAUCGGAUAUUCUUUUGUGUGGGAAAUCUAUGAGUUUAUUGAAAUUUUGUGCACAUACAAGUAAACUUCGCUUGUACCUUAUGGGUACAAAACCAUCCAUUAUUUCAUGUUGCGUAACUCUAGAUCAAUUAGUUGCUUUAAGACACAAUACAACCAGCUAUUAUUUGGAUGUUUACGAAGAGUGUGGUCCAAGAUUUAGUAUGAAAGAAAUACUGAUGAAAUCACAUCAAGAAGACUCCGUGAUUUUAGGUUUGAUUUCGAAAAAGCGAGCUGCUACGUUAAGAAGAUUGGAAUUAGAACGAGACAAGCUGAUUUUUGAACAAAAUGAAAAGAAAAUGGAAGAAAUGUCCACUUUGCGAGAACAAUAUGUCGCUGCAAUAGAACAGAAGCAGUUGAAGAUCGCAAGAGAAAUUAAAGAGGAAAUUAAUUACCUCCAAGAUGAUAUUGAGACGGAACUCAAAAGACAGAGGCUGGUUAAGAAAGAAGCAAUGAACAUUAUCGAUUACUAUUCCAAACUGUUCGAAAUAGCUGAUAAAAAGAAAGUAAAAAUCGAUAAACACAUAAACUCUGUUAAAAAUAUUCACAUAGAUUAUAACGCACACCACGAAAGUUUUGAUAAUAGUCUAAACAAGGAAAAAGAAACUUACAAAUCUCCCGACCAUUUAACAAAUAGUUCCACUGAAAGCUUUUACUCGAUACCUGACGAUAUUAACAAAACGAAAGAUGAAACCAUCGAAGCUAUUACAUCCGACAAUCUUAACGAUAUCGAAGAUAAAGAUACUUUAGUUGGGGACGAAAAUUUGGAUGUUAUUAAUGCUAAUUCUGAAACUGUCGAUGAUAAUGCAAAUAUGGAAACGGUAUCACCAACUAUACAGCAGGCUAUAGAUAAUUUCGCCAAAGCAAGAGAAAACAAAAGAAAAGUCAUGACAGAAGAGUUAGGAAUGGAUUUAAAACAAAAAACAAUUCAGUCGGUAGACAAUCCUCCUACCAUUUACAUUUCUCAGGCACAAAGAAACAAACUUAGAGUACUGUCUUCCGAAUUCGGGAUACCAGUGCCUCCUGAAGUUUUCAAAAAUAAAGUACUAACAACAGCAAUUAUUAAUAGAAAUAAAGUGAUGGGUAUUAGCGAUUGUUUCGAUUAUAAAUUGGACAACGAAAAUAAUUUGUUAAAUAGAAACUUAAAAAACGCAAGUGAUGUUAAAGCAGAUGACAGUGACGCCAACAGUACUAUUAAAAAAUACAAGUCGUUAUCGUUAGACUUAAGUAAGACAGUCCCCAAAGUAGGCAAAUAUGAAUCAGACCGGCAAAUUCCAAUGUCUGUAGAUUCAACUCCAAUGAGUGAUUUAAUCCAUAGUCCUCUAGUGACUCCAAGUACUACAGCAUUUUUAAGUUGUGAUACUCUUCUCACGGAUAGUCAUCCCAAUACGGCGGAAGUUAGACAGUUAGACAAAGACUUUAACUUUUCCCAAAAAAGUGACAAGGAGAAACCCGUUGUGCCGAUUUACCUCAAUAGAAGUGAUCAUAGUUUACAGAAGAAUGUGUUUUCGAAAAGAGUUAAUAGAAAACAAACCGCAGGAGUGUUCACAAACUCUUUAAAAUUAUUUUUACACGAAAGCGUUCAAAUACCUCUCGUCACCCAAACGAAAUUAAUCAAUGAUGAAUUAUUAAGAUAUUUCAUCGAAGAUCUGGAAUAUUUAAAACAUAUAUCAAGCUUAAGAGAUUACUUUUUUCUUCAAGACGGUGAGUUUGGAAGAAAUAUAACCGAUAAUUUAUUCACGAAACUGUAUGAAGCGGAUUCUCCUGCUCAACUUAUAAACUGCCGAACGCUGCAGGAGUUAAUUUUCGGAGCUCUCGACAUGUCCAAUAAAAACCAAAGACUUGCCAGCAAUAUAUCAUUCAAGAUUAAUAGUUUACCAAAGUGUUUCGAUCUGGGCAAUCCCGAUGUGUUGGAUUGCCUUUCUUUAACGUAUAAGGUCAAUUGGCCAUUAAAUAUUUUGCUACCAACGGAUACCAUAGCAAAAUAUGACGAAGUCUUCAAAUUUUUAAUGAAAUUAAAUAGAGUAUCAUGGGUGCUAAAGAAAAUAUUUUUGGAAUUGAAAGUUCUUGCUAGGGAAACAGGCAAGAAGGAAAUUUACCUUAUGGCUUCACCGCAAUAUAGAAAAUUGCACCAGUGCCGCCACAUAAUGACGCAAUUUGUACAAACUUUGCAAAAUUAUGUCGUCGGAGAAGUAUUACAAUCUAACUUUGCAGUUUUUGAAAAAAACUUGGCAGUUGUUACUAAUUUAGACGAGCUGUACGAAACACAUACUUUGUAUAUAAAAAAUAUUUUGUUUAUGUGUCUUCUGUCCCAAAAAAUGACAAUCGUAAAAAACAUUAUCCAUAAAACAUUUAUGGUGAUUUUAAAAUUCUUCGAUUAUCUCCGUUCUAGAAGUUGGACUUGCGAAGAAGGUAGUUAUGUUCAUCCGAAUUUUCAUAAGCUAGAAAGUAUAUUUAAGAAUUUUCAAGAGUUUGUGUUGUAUAUGUUCAAGGUUAUUCGAAAAAUUGCAAAAUCUGGUUACCAGCCACAUUUGCUUCAGUUGCUUGAGAUGUUGGAUAUUAAUUAUUAUUUUACAGAAUCUCUUAAUUGUACAUCUAGUUCUGUUAAAUAAAUUAUUUAUAUAC